UAGUGGUCCAGUGGUUAACUCAGUUUGUUCACAUUCUUUCUUCUGUCUUUAAUAAUGUAUUUAACAAACGUGAAAGAUUCCCCUGACAUUUAAUCUUCAUUUAACCCAGCGAGGUCUGACCAGCUAACAACUGCUGAAACUGGAUUUUUCUACCAAGCAAGAUACAUUUUAAGGCAGCUGUUUUUUCUUUCAUACUUCACAGGAACAUAAUGGAUCUUCAAGAAUACUUCAAGAAAAUCAGGUUCAGCGGAGUGUACGAGAAACCAGACCUCGCCACGCUCCGCACCAUCCACAAGCUGCAUGUGAUGAGCAUUCCCUUCGAGAACCUCAGCAUGCACUGUGGAGAGCGGAACACUAUGGAUCUGCGGAUCAUUUAUGAGAAGAUUGUGAGAAACCCUCGUGGAGGAUGGUGCUGUGAAAACAACCUGCUCUUCUCCUGGGUGCUGAGAGAGAUGGGCUACAAAUACACCAUGCUGGGCUGUAAAGUCUUCAGGACGCUCAACAAUGACUUCGGCCCAUUGGAUGAACAUCUAAUUAACCUGGUGGAGAUCGACGGCAAGCCGUAUAUUGCUGACGUGAGCUAUGGAAUGUCGUGUCAAAUCUGGUACCCAUUGGAAAUGAUUGCGGGGAAAGAUAAAGAGCAGCUGGCGGGGAGUUUCCGUCUACUGAACAACGGUGAAAAGUGGACGCUGGAGAAAACUGGAAGGAAGCCUCUGGUCAAGAAUGAAGCCUUCACCAAUUGUGGCCUCAUUGAAAAGCGCUUAAUGAAGACAAUAUACAGUUUUUUCUUAACGCCACGUGGGACUGACCAUUUCCUGACCACAAGCGAGUUCCUGCAGACCAGCCCUGAGUCUUUGUUCACCCAGAAAUCCAUUUGUUCCAUCCAGACCCCCACUGGAUUCAGAGCUCUGAUUGGUUGGACCUACAUGGAAGUCACAUAUAAGCCUGAUGAAGAUGUGGACAUCUUUGAUGUUAGAGAUGUAGCAGACAGUGAAAUAGAGACUAUACUCAAGGAAAAGUUUAAUAUCGUCUUAGGUAAUAAAAUGACACCAAUGAACAACAAAGCUACAUAAACUCUAGGACACGUACAGGUGUGUGUACCACGAGCACAUUUCUAAUAAUACCUUCUCCGUGUUUUGGGGUGAACAAGCCUAAUUUGAAUUAAGCUUCAAUCUACAAAAGGGAUGGUUGUUUUCAGUCCGGAGAAAUAUCUUUGUAAUCUGUUGUAAUAGUCUCAGAGUGUUUUGAUUUUUCCUUUUUAUGUAAAUUAAUAAAGGGAAUCUAUAAAAGUUUUUGGUAGAACCUUACAACACAAGAUUUCCUUUUUAUUUAUUUGAAC